AUGUUGACAAAACAUUUUCGGAGUUGUAUAUUUGCUUUGCUUUUGGGUGGUUGGAUUAAGGAAUGUAUUACAUGUUUCACGGACGAUGAGUCAGAAGUAGCGAAAGUUAAAUCGGGAAGUUCGUUUUAUCAAGAAUGUAGAUGCGAGGAACCUGGUCCAUCUGGCAUGGUUUUGAAAUGGUUUGAUGUAAAUGAUCAAGAAGUACAAGAAUUAGGACCAGGUACAAAAUCAAACAUAUAUUCGGAAUGGCUGGAUCGAAAUGUGUAUGGACUGUACAUAUCUAAACUAACUAAAUCAAUAUCUGGAGCAUACAAGUGUGUCACAAUCUAUAAUGGCCAACAAUACAUGAAAGUUUUCAACGUGGAAGCUUACGAUCCACCAUACUUCGUCAACACAGAAGAAAUGCAAUAUGUGGUUAAUGGAAAAGAUGAACUAGUAGUUUGUGAAGCUAGAGGAGAGACUGAUCCAUUUAUAAGUUGGCAUAAAAAUGAGGAUGGUUUUAUUGAGAUAUCUGAUGAUGACAAAUAUGAAUUGAUUUCUUCAAGGGGGCUCGUUAUUAAAAAUGUGACUAAGGAAGAUCGUGGUAUAUAUAAAUGCACGGCUUCUGACUUAGAAACUGGCGAAGGCAUUGAUAGAGACAUCAAAGUAGAGGUAGCUUACAUGCCCACCAUCGACGGCCUUAUAGCAACACCAGAAACAACAGUCAUUGUUGGAGAAUCUCUAACCAUAGAGUGUGUUGCCAAUGGAAUGCCUCAUCCGGAAUAUAUGUGGAGAAAGGUUUCAGAGGCAGAACCUUCUGAUGUUAAUGUGACAUGGCACCAAAUAACAAACAGCAUCUUAUUUGAUAGUGUCGUUGCAGGAGAUAGCGGAAUAUACGAAUGUACUGCUCUUAAUGGCGUUGGAAAUGCAACCAAAACAAUAAGUAUUGAAGUAUUAGUGCCACCCAAAAUAACACAGUUCAAUAACAUAUCAGUGCACGAAGGUGAAUCGCCACAGAUAGAAUGUAAAGCAACCGGGAGACCAAGACCUAAAAUUACAAUUACUUUUGAAGGAGAUCCAUCGGAUAAUAACCGAGGAAUAUCCUGGAACGUGCGGAAUACGAGUCAAUUUGAAACAAUAUUUCAAUUAUCAUUUAGCCAAGCAUUAAGGACACACCAGGGAUUCUAUUAUUGUAAUGCAAGUAAUGAAGUCGACUUCACGAUUGAGGAAAUGUAUAUGUCAGUGUCGCAUAAGCCAUAUUUCGAUAAACCAUCGGAGACACUGUGGGCUUGGACUGGGAAAACGCUAAAUUUAAGUUGUGAGCAUGAAAGCAAUCCAGUGUCCCAAAUGAUUUGGAGAUAUCAAGGCAACGAUAUAUCAACUGCAGAGCAAGUUGAAAUCAUCAGAAUGUUAGAGGAAAAAGUUAAAAAUGGCUUUGGGUUAUACUUACCUCUCGAUAUAGACAAACCAUCUCAUUAUGGUAUUUACGAAUGUAUUGCAAGGAAUGAAUAUGGGCAAGCAACGAAAACAAUAACUUUGCAAGAAGCGUUUACCCCACCAGCUAUUAAAAAUGUGACAAUCGUGGAAGUAACACAAACCUCUGCGACGUUCGCUAUUAUUGGGCCAACCGAAAUAAAUGGCCCGAACGUAAUCGGGUUUACAGCUGAAUACGACGAAUCAGACAACUAUCAGAUCACCGACAUCCACAUCAAUAGAACUUGGUCCAUAGAUAGACCUUACAAAGUGGACAAAUUGAAACCGAAUACAACGUAUUAUAUCAAGUUUGCAGCUGUAAACGACGUUGGUGCGGGGCAAUGGAGCGAAAGUUUGGAAUUUAUUACCCUCGAGACGUUCGCUCCCAAUCCACCAGAGUGGAAUACGGAAUUAGACACAAUUAUAGCUACAGCGUAUAAUCAGGUGAUAAGCUGGAAAAUGCCCGAAUAUAUUGGGGAGCCGAUAGACUACUACGCUUUGCGUUAUUGUCCGAUGAUGAACAGCUUGAUCGAAGAGGAUUUGUGUGAAGAAAAGAUUAUCAAAUCGACUGAGUUUCAAGUAACCGGUCUCCAGUUUAACACGACUUACUAUUUCGAAUUGAUUGCACAUAACUCGCAGGGAAACUCAUCUGCGUCUCAUCUCUAUGUCAUUAUGCCAGCGGAAGGCUUACAACCGAUAUUAUCGGGAGGUGCUAUUAUCGGUUUAUCAAUAUUAGCCGUAUUCAUUGGUUUGCUGCUUCUUGAUUUACUUCUUCUUCUAUGGCGGCGACAAGGAAUUAUGGCUAACUGUUGUUUUAAGCAGAAUAAGAAAAGAAGAGAGGAUGCUCUGAGAUCUAGGGAUAAGAAAGGCCUCCUUAAUAAUGGAGAGUCAACUUCGGGUGACAGUUUAAAAAGGCCUAAUAAUGGGCACAAAGAAUACGAAUAUGAUAAAACUACAGGAGUAAUUACUGGGAAACACUCUGCUGUU